GAGCCUGUGCGCAUGUGCGUGACCGUGAGCGCGUCUUCGCUUCAUUAACUCACAACAAGCGGAGCGGGAUCGGCUCGUGCUCGCGGUCGCCGAGCCCGCGCGCCUCCUGUCCUCCGCCUCGGGAGCGCGCGCGAGUACCAAGGACAGGCGCGAGCUCGCCAGCAUCAUCAGGUCAUUUGGCGCGGACGCGCACACGCAGACCGGAGGAGAGGUAAACAAAGGAAGGUGGAUGACGACAUCGGGCGCCCAUCUCAGCCUGUGACGUCACGCCCAGCAAGGACUCUUAUUUUGGAAGCAGCGUCCGAAAGAUGGAGGUGCGCUGCACGCUGCUGCUGGCGGUGCUGCACUGCAGCUCGGUGGCGCUGUGUGGCUGCGAGCCGCGGCAGGUCAACGUGGGCGCCGUGCUGAGCCAGAAGCGCUACGAGCAGGUCUUCAAGGACGCCGUCAGCCACGCCAACGCCGUCUACGGCCGCGACAAGUUCAAGAUGAACGCCAUCUCCGUCACGCACAAGCCCAACGCCAUCCAGAUGGCGCUCUCCGUCUGCGAGGACCUCAUCUACAACCAGGUGUACGCCAUCUUGGUGAGCCACCCGCCGCAGUCCAACGACCACCUGACGCCCACGCCCGUCUCCUACACGGCGGGCUUCUACCGCAUCCCCGUGGUGGGCCUGACCACGCGCAUGUCCAUCUACUCCGACAAGAGCAUCCACCUGUCCUUCCUGCGCACCGUGCCGCCGUACUCGCACCAGGCCAACGUCUGGUUCGACCUGAUGAGGGAGUUCCGAUGGAACCACAUCAUCCUCAUCGUCAGCGACGACCACGAAGGACGCGCCGCGCAGAAGAAGCUGGAGACGCUGCUGGAGGAGAAGGAGAGCAAAACUAAAAUCAGGAACUAUGAAAACGUGGACCAACACAACUUUGACUUCAGGAGAACGCCAAAGGCCGAGAAGGUCCUGCUCUUCAACCAGGACACCAACCUGACCGCCCUGCUGCUGGAGGCCAAGGACCUGGAGGCCCGGGUCAUCAUCCUCUCUGCCAGCGAGGACGAAGCGGCGGGCGUCUACAAGGCGGCCCGACAACUCAACAUGACGGGCUCCGGGUACGUUUGGAUCGUGGGCGAGAGAGAAAUGACCGGAAAGGCUUUGAGUGAAGCUCCAGACGGUACGUCCGCCUCUUCCUCCUCCUCCUCCUCCUCCUCCUUCUUCUUCUCUUCUGGCUGUCUGUCCUCCACUCUGCUUCUGUCUGUCCUCCACUCCUCCACUCCUUAUUAACUCCUCCUUCUCUUCAGGUGAAAGCGCUCGCUCUCCAGCAAUUAGCCAGCCCUCCAUUUCAGUUUCAACCUCUUUUUAGCCAGCACAGAGCUUUAUUAUUGUUGUCAGCAUGUGGAUGCUAACAGUGUUUAGCUACCUUAGCAAGUGAAUGCUAACAGUUGUAAGUAGGGAUAGCAUUUAGCUACGUUAGCAUGUGGAUGCUAACAGUUGUAAGUAGGGUUUGCAUACAGCUAUACUAGCAUGUUGAAUGUGAAUGCUAACAGUUGUAAGUACUUAGCUACAGCUGUACAAUUAGCAUUUAGCUGCUAAGCAUGUUAAAUAACUGCAGGGUUAGCGCUUAGUCAUUAGCAUACAGAUGGUUGAACGGCAAUAUAGUUAGUAUUUUUCUACAUUUUUCUACAUGCUAAGUAGCAUUUAGCUACUUAGCAUGCUAAAUAACUGUAGUGUUAGCAUUUAGUCAUCAGCAUUUAAAUUUUAAACGGCUAUAGAGUUAGCAUUUUUCCACAUUAACAUGUAAUGUUAAACAUCUUUGUUAUUAGCAUUUAGCUACUUAGCAUAUUAAAUAACUGUAGGGUUAGCGCUUAGUCAUUAGCAUACAGAUGGUUGAACGGCAAUAGAGUUAGUAUUUUUCUACAUUUUUCUACAUGCUAAGUAGCAUUUAGCUACAUAGCAUGCUAAAUAACUGUAGUGUUAGCAUUUAGUCAUCAGCAUUUAAAUUUUAAACGGCUAUAGAGUUAGCAUUUUCCCACAUUAGCAUGUAAUGUUAAACAUCUUUGGAAUUAGCAUUUAGCUACUUAGCAUGUUAAAUAACUGUAGGGUUAGCGCUUAGUCAUUAGCAUACAGAUGGUUGAACGGCAAUAGAGUUAGUAUUUUUCUACAUUUUUCUACAUGCUAAGUAUCAUUAAGCUACUUAGCAUGCUAAAUAACUGUAGUGUUAGCAUUUAGUCAUCAGUAUUUAAAUUUUAAACGGCUAUAGAGUUAGCAUUUUUCCACAUUAGCAUGUAAUGUUAAACAUCUUUGGAAUUAGCACUUAGCUACUUAGUAUAUUAAAUAACUGUAGGGUUAGCACUUAGUCAUUAGCAUACAGAUGUUAAAAGGCUAUAAAUGAAGUAUUUUCCUACAUUAAAAUGUAACAUUAAACAAAUGGAGAAUUAGCAUUUAGCUACUUAGCAUGUUAAAUAGCUGUAGGGUUAGCGCUUAGUCAUUAGCAUACAGGUGUUAAAAGGCUAUAAAUGAAGUAUUUUCCUACAUUAAAAUGUAACAUUAAACAAAUGGAGAAUUAGCAUUUAGCUACUUAGCAUGUUAAAUAGCUGUAGGGUUAGCGCUUAGUCAUUAGCAUACAGGUGUUUAAACGGCAAAAGAGUUAGUAUUUUUCCUACACUAGCAUGUAAUCCUAAACAUAUGUAGAAUUAGCAUUUAGCUACUUAGCAUGUUAAAUAACUUUCAAGUAAGCGUUUACUCAUUAGCAUACAGAUGUUAAACGGCUGUAGAGUUAGUAUUUUUCUACAUUAGCAUGUAAUGCUAAACAUAUGUAGAAUCAGCAUUUAGCUAUUUAGCAUGUUAAAUAACUAUCGGGCAAGCGUUUACUCAUUAGCAUAUAAAUGUUAAACGGCUAUAGUUAGUAUUUUUCUACAUUAGCAUGUAACAUUAAACAUCUGUAGAUAUAGCAUUUAGCUACUAUGUUAAAUAGCUGUAAGGUUAGCAUUUAGUCACAUUAGCAUGUGUAUUGUGGACGCUAACAGUUGUAAGUACUUAGCUACAUUAGCAUGUAAUGUUAAACAGGUGUAGAGAUAGCAAUGGGCUACUAAGCAUGUUAAAUAACUGUAGGGUUAGCGAUUAGUCAUCAGCAUACAGAUGUUAAAAGGCUAUAAAGUUAGUAUUUUCCUACAUUAGCAUGUAAUGUUAAACAUAUGUAGAGUUAGCAUUUUUAGCUACUUAUCAUGUUAAAUAGCUGUAAGGUUAGCAUUUAGUCACAUUAGCAUGUGGAUGUUAAAAAGUUGUAGAAUUAGCAUACAGCUACCUUAACUUGUAGAUAGCAACAGUUAUAACUCGGCUAAGCAUGUAGCUACUCUAACGUGUGGUUAGCAGUUACAAAAUAGGUUUCCAUUUAGCCCCUUUACGAUGUGGAAUCGAUGAGGUGGCGACUUGUCCAGGGUGUACACCGCCUUCCGCCCGAUUGUAGCUGAGGUAGGCUCGAGCGCCCCCCGCGACCCCAAAAGGGAAUAAGCGGUAGGAAAUGGAUGGAUGGAUACCAUGUGGAAUGUGGAUGCUAAAAGUUUGAAGUACUUAACUAGAUCAGCAUAUAAAUGUUAAACAGCUAUAGAGUUAGUAUUUUUCCACAGUAGCAUGUUGAGGUAAACAUCUGUAGAAUUAGCACUUAGCACCAUUAGCAUGUGGAUGCUAACAGUUGUUGGUUGGGUUAGCAUUUAGGUACGUAAGCAUGAGGAUAGCAUGUUAAACAGCUCUCGUGAUAGCAUUUAGCGCGAUUAGCAUAUAGAUGCUAACAAUUUUAAGUAAGCUAGAAUUUUCCUACAUUAGCAUGUGGAUGUUAAACAGCUUUAGGGUUAGCAUUCAGCUACAUUGGCCUGUGUAAGGUUAGCAUUUAGCUGGAUUAGCCUGUGGAUGGCAUGGCUAAUGCUACAUCUUGUGCAUGAAAGUACAACAACACCUGUUGCUAGUUGUGUAGCGCUGUGGUUGUCCUUGGUUACGUGUGACAUUGUGCGUCCAACAACAUUGAUGGAAACAUGUCGGCUUUGAUGCAGGAAGCUAAUGGCGCUCAGCGCUAAUUAGCUUCUUAGCGGCGUGUGGUUGAACGUUUAAACAUGUCCGCCAUGUUUAAAAGUUUUUAUUGUUGCUUGGGGUGUAACUAUUCAUUUUGACAUCCAUCCCUUGAGUUAGCAUCCAACAGGGAAGCUAAUCUUGAUUUAUUUCUAUUAGAUUCCUAUUGGGGUUUUUUCAAUUAAAGGAUAAAAUGAAAACAAAUAAAGCAGUAGAAAUAUAUUUAAGUUGAUUUAAGUAAGCUAACAGUUGUUUUUUAAGUAAGCUAACAGUAGUUUUAAGUAAGCUAAUAGUAGUUGUUUUCUAUUAAGGGAUAAAAUGAAAACAAAUAAAGCAAUAGAAAUAAAUUUAAGUUGAUUUAAGUAAGCUAACAAUAUUUUUUUUCUAUUAAGGGAUAAAAUGAAAACAAAUAAAGCAGUAGAAAUAUGUUUAAGUUGAUUUAAGUAAGCUAACAUUUGUUUUUUAAGUAAGCUAACAGUAGUUCUAAGUAAGCUAAUAGUAGUUUUUUUCUAUUAAGGGAUAAAAUGAAAACAAAUAAAGCAGUAGAAAUUUAUUUAAGUUGAUUUAAGUAAGCUAACAGUAGUUUUUUUUCUAUUAAGGGAUAAAAUGAAAACAAAUAAAGCAGUAGAAAUAUAUUUAAGUUGAUUUAAAUAAGCUAACAGUUGUUUUUUAAGUAAGCAAACAGUAGUUUUAAGUAAGCUAAUAGUAGUUGUUUUCUAUUAAGGGAUAAAAUGAAAACAAAUAGAGCAAUAGAAAUAAAUUUAAGUUGAUUUAAGUAAGCUAACAAUAUUUUUUUUCUAUUAAGGGAUAAAAUGAAAACAAAUAAAGCAGUAGAAAUAUAUUUAAGUUGAUUUAAGUAAGCUAACAGUAGUUUUUUUUCUAUUAAGGGAUAAAAUGAAAACAAAUAAAGCAGUAGAAAUAUAUUUAAGUUGAUUUAAGUAAGCCAACAGUUGUUUUUUAAGUAAGCUAACAGUAGUUCUAAGUAAGCUAAUAGUAGUUUUUUUCUAUUAAGGGAUAAAAUGAAAACAAAUAAAGCAGUAGAAAUUUAUUUAAGUUGAUUUAAGUAAGCUAACAGUAGUUUUUUUUUCUAUUAAGGGAUAAAAUGAAAACAAAUAAAGCAGUAGAAAUAUAUUUAAGUUGAUUUAAGUAAGCCAACAGUUGUUUUUUAAGUAAGCUAACAGUAGUUUUAAGUAAGCUAAUAGUAGUUUUUUUCUAU